AACAAAAGAAGCUAAUGGAUGGCCAAACAAUAGAAGAGUAGCAAUUGCAGCAGGAAUGUUAAGGGAAGAAGCAGCUGACUGGUAUAAUUUAGAUGAAACCUAUGCAUCAAGAUUUAAGAAGUUAGCAAAUAGAAUAAAUGCAGGAGGAAUUCCAGAAGCCUUUAAAGUACGAAUGUUCUUAAGUGGAUUAAAUAAGGAACUAGCAACUUUAGUUGCAAUUCAAAACCCAGCUAAUUUAGAUGCCGCCAUUAUUCAAGCUAAAACU